CCAACCCCCCGACAUACUCGUUCAUCCUCCUCUGUCCUAAAGCGUACUUCUUUGGAAAAGUAGAGAAGUUUAUGUUAGUGUACACUAGAGAUGGUAAACUAUGCCUUGUGGGUCAAAUCGGGCCUGCUGCCUGUGUUUGUAUGGCCUGUGAGCAAAGAAAGGUUUUUACACAUUUAAAUGGUUGGAAAAAAUAUUUAAAGAAUGCUAUUUUUGGACACAAAAAAUUGUAUGAAAUUCAAAUUUCAAUGUCUGUAUCUUUUUAUUGGGACACAGCCACCGCCAUUCCUUUAGCUUUUGUAUGCAGCAGCUGCAGAGUUGACUAUUUGAGACACGUUGUAUGGUCCCCCCAAACUGGAACUGUUUCCAUUCUGGCCUUCUACAGAAAGUAUUUGGACCCUGGCCUAGAUAAAUCCUGGCUGGUGGUUAUGUUAUGUGAAAUGUGCACACUGUAAAAUAUAGGCCUGUAUGAUUAAAAUUUUUGAUUUCAGCUACUGUUCAUAGUCGAUUUAAAGGGCAAUUUAAUUUACAGCAAAUCCAGUUUCUAGGAGAUUUGUGUUGGGGCUUUGGCAGCAAAAAAAAAAUCCUAGGAGUAAUCUUGAGAGUUCCAUGCCCCCUAGUGGAUUGCUAUAGGGUUUACUUUUAAAUUUUCAAAACUGAAUUGGCCAAGGAUUUCCUUGGUCCAUAUUAUCCCAAGGGUCAGAGGCUGAAGGUCGCCUAGACCUGGGCAGAUGCUCACAGGUACUGUCGUGGCCUGGGCAAAUCUAGGCACGUCAGCGCUCAUUUCUAUUCCCUUUCCCACAUUCCAGCAAACAAGAGACUAGGCUUGAAGGGACCCACCCUCCUCUCCUCCGAUUCCUCGUGACGCCGCACGCCUCUUACUCUCCCCGGGGCUCAUCCGGGGGAAUGGGGCAGAUUAUGUCCCACCGGUUGGACAAACUAACGAGGGCGGGGAAAGGGAAAAAAAAAAUCAGAAUAGGCAGCCAAUCAGAGCUCGGCACAAGCCCAGCCAAUCGGGUCGGGUCAAUUGGGGCUUAGCCAAUCGGGCUCGAUGAGGAAGACCUGAGUCAGAGCUUGCGCCUCUCGCUUCCAGCUGUGGGUGGCGCUAGGCAGGUUCAGCCGGACUGGGUAGGGGUCCUCGCUCGCUAGCUCGCUGUUUCUCGGAGAAGCUCCCGAGUGUCCGGCCUAGAGGCCAUGAGAAGGCAGUGGGGUUCUGCCAUGAGGGCGGCCGAGCAGGCGGGCUGCGUGGUGAGCGCCUUCCGGGCCGGACAGCCCGAGGCGGGCCCAUGGAGCUGCAGCGGGGUAAUCCUGAGCCGUAGCCCAGGCCUGGUGCUUUGCCACGGGGGCAUCUUCGUCCCCUUCCUGCGAGCUGGCAGCGAAGUCCUGACCGCGGCCGGCGCCGUCUUCCUGCCUGGCGACAGUUGCAGCGACGACCUGCGCCUGCAUGUGCAGUGGGCCCCAACGGCCGCGGGUCCAGGGGGCGGCGCGGAGCGGGGCCGCCCAGGGCUGUGCACGACACAGUGCGCGAGCCUCGAGCCCGGCCCACCUGCCCCGUCCCGCGGGCGUCCCCUGCAGCCCCGGCUUCCCGCUGAGCUGCUGCUGCUGCUGAGCUGCCCGGCCUUCUGGGCCCACUUCGCGCGCCUCUUCGGGGACGAGGCAGCGGAACAGUGGCGCUUCUCGAGCGCGGCGCGGGAUGACGAAGUGUCGGAGGACGAGGAAGCGGAUCAACUGAGAGCGCUGGGCUGGUUUGCGCUGCUGGGCGUGCGGCUAGGCCAGGAGGAGGUGGAGGAGGAGCGCGGGCCAGCCAUGGCGGUGUCGCCUCUCGGGGCCGUGCCCAAGGGCGCGCCAUUGCUGGUCUGCGGCUCCCCUUUCGGCGCCUUCUGCCCCGACAUCUUUCUCAACACGCUGAGCUGCGGGGUGCUCAGCAACGUGGCCGGCCCGCUGCUGCUCACCGACGCACGCUGCCUGCCCGGCACCGAGGGCGGCGGCGUGUUCACCGCGCGGCCCGCGGGGGCGCUGGUGGCGCUGGUGGUGGCGCCGCUCUGUUGGAAGGCCGGCGAAUGGGUGGGCUUCACGCUGCUCUGCGCCGCCGCCCCCCUUUUCCGCGCCGCCCGCUACGCGCUUCGCCGCCUGCCCCACAGCACCGCUGCCCUGGCCGCCCUCCUGCCGCCAGAGGCGAGCGUCCCGUGGGGUCUGCCCCUCCGAGACUCCGGGCCCCUGUGGGCAGCCGCGGCAGUGUUGGUGGAGUGCGGCACCGUAUGGGGCUCCGGAGUGGCUGUGGCACCCCGCCUUAUAGUGACCUGUCGGCACGUGUCCCCUCGGGAAGCAGCCAGGGUCCUGGUGCGCUCCACCACCCCCAAGAGUGUGGCCAUCGGGGGCCGUGUGGUAUUUGCCACUCAGGAGACAUGUCCCUAUGACAUAGCAGUGGUGAGCCUGGAGGAGGACCUGGAUGAUGUCCCCAUCCCUGUGCCCGCUGAGCACUUCCAUGAAGGUGAGGCUGUGAGUGUGGUGGGCUUUGGCGUCUUUGGCCAGGCUUGCGGGCCCUCGGUGACUUCAGGCAUCCUUUCGGCUGUGGUGCAGGUGAAUGACACGCCCAUAAUGCUGCAGACCACGUGUGCUGUGCACAGCGGCUCCAGUGGGGGACCCCUCUUCUCCAACCACUCAGGAAACCUCCUUGGCAUAAUCACCAGCAACACCCGGGACAAUAACACGGGGGCCACCUACCCCCACCUGAACUUCAGCAUUCCCAUCACGGUGCUCCAGCCGGCCCUGCAGCAGUACAGCCAGACCCACGACCUGGGUGGCCUCCGUGAGCUGGACCGCGCUGCUGAGCCAGUCAGGGUGGUGUGGCGGUUGCAGCGGCCCCUGGCAGAGGCCCCGCGGAGCAAGCUCUGAGGCUGUUACCACCUUUGGAAAGAAGAGUGACCUUAUUCUGCUGUAGGAAGUGAUGUUGAGGUGACGGUGGCCUCAGGAUUCAGGGCCCAGCCCCUGCAGGGGCCCGGGCUGCCUCUCAUCUCCACCCACUGACUGCAGACUGGGCUUUGGGCUCUGGGGCAAACUUCUCUUCAGCCCCAUGGAUCCUUAACCUGGCAGCCCGUUUUGGGAUGCUUUCUUGAGCCCCCAGUUCUCUGUCCCCUAGCACUAGACUCAGCUGUAUUGUUUUUCCUUCUGGGGAGCCCACUCCAACUGCACAGAAGUUCUGGGCCUGACAGGUAGAUGCCAGCUGGAAGGCAGGCCCGUGCCUGGUUUUGUGUCUGUUCCCCUGAGGGCCAUCGUCAUCGUGGAGCUUCAAUGGGGCCUUGGCUCCUGUCUGCCUCUCAGUCAGAGUCAGGGCUGACAAAGGACUCAGCUUCCUUAGCAUCUCAGCAGAAACCUUGCUCUGAAGACCAGAGACAGAAGGGACAGAAACAGGAGUGCCUCCUGCUGUGCCAGGCCCAUGGGCAGUGCAGGCAGAUCCCUGAAGGUCAGCACUCCUGGGUCUUCACAUGCCAACAGGGGCGCUCUUGACACUGUGCCUUCGUUUUCCAGCCCACAGCCUGGGUCUCAGGGAUCUUGAGGGGUAGAACAUGUCUGGUUGGGGCUUGGGAAUAAACAUGAUCUAUUGAAAAA